UGCCCUCUCUGCCUUUGUGCACCUCGAAAAGAGAGCAUCCCUGUAAACCAACAGCAUCCAGAACGCGAGAGAGAGAGAGAGAGAGAGAGAGAUUGAGAGUAAUCGGUGGCAGAUGGCUCGGAGCUCUACAAGAAUGAAAUGGGUCUCCAUUUUCAUGCUUUUGUUGCCUCAUUUGGCCAUGAGAGCCAUGGCAGAGGAUGGGUUGGUGCCAAACGGGGAUUUCGAGAUGGCCCCAUCGAAUGGUUUUCCAAGCGAGGCCAUAGCGGAGGGCCCAGCUGAGAUACCGAUCUGGAAAUCGACGGGGACGGUGGAGCUGGUGCAGGCGGGGCAGAAACAGGGUGGGAUGAUCCUCAUCGUACCACAAGGUAGACACGCGGCGAGGCUCGGCAACGACGCUGAGAUCAGGCAGGAUCUGACGGUGGAGAAGGGCUCAAUCUACUCCGUCACCUUCAGUGCUGCUCGCACGUGCGCGCAGCUGGAGUCGAUCAACGUGUCCGUGCCGCCUGCAUCACAGACCAUAGACCUGCAGACACUGUAUACGGUGCAAGGGUGGGACCCUUACGCCUGGUCUUUCAGCGCCGAGGAGGAUAAGGCUAGUUUGGUGUUUAAGAAUCCCGGCAUGGAGGAUGACCCCACUUGUGGGCCCAUCAUUGACAACGUUGCUAUUAAGAAGCUUUUCACUCCUGAUAAGCCCAAAGAGAACGCAGUAACCAAUGGGGACUUUGAAGAGGGUCCAUGGGUGUUCAGAAACACAUCACUAGGAGUGUUACUUCCCACAAAUCUGGAUGAAGAAACAUCCUCACUGCCUGGUUGGAUGGUCGAGUCGAACCGGGCGGUCCGCUACAUCGAUUCGGAUCACUACGCCGUCCCGCAGGGGAGGAGGGCCGUUGAACUUUUAUCAGGAAAGGAAGGCAUAAUAUCUCAGAUGGUUGAGACAGCACCAAACAAAGAAUACAGCUUGACCUUCUUGUUAGGCCAUGCAAAUGACAAGUGCAAGCAGCCUCUUGCUGUUAUGGCCUUUGCUGGUGAUCAAGCUCAAAACAUCCAUUACACCCCAAACUCAAAUUCUACUUUCCAAAGUGAAAGACUCAAUUUCACGGCCAAGGCUGAGAGGACUAGAGUUGCGUUCUACAGUGUGUAUUACAAUACCAGAAGUGAUGAUAUGAGCUCUCUCUGUGGCCCUGUGGUUGAUGAUGUGAGGGUCUGGUUCUCUGGGUCCAGAAGAAAUGGGCUGGGUUUGGUAAAGCUGGGGCUUUGGAUUUUGGGCCUAGUUUGGGUUUUGGCGUGAAGGGAUUUGUUUUGUAAUUGAGGAACUAGGCAAUGUAACAUAUCGUUGUGGAACAGGGGAGUUAGUGAAAGUCACACGCCCACGUGUGUUGUACGUGAACGUGGUUUUUAGUUUAUAGUAUUUGGCAAGAGAAAUGGAAUGUACUGGCCUUCAGUUUAUGCUAUAGUUUUGUGUUUGUCAAGUUUAUGUUAUUUCUCAAAGUUCUUUGUGCAUCAAUAGAAACUGUCAAUUGUGUUGA